CACAAAUCUACAUCUAGUUUAUUUGUAUUUUAAGCACCAAUCACUUGUAUUUACUUGCUUCAAGAUAUCAGUGACCAGUAAGUAAUAUAUAAAAAGCAAGAAAAAGCUUUUGUCAAGUGCACUUGCUGUUUGCGUAACAAAAAGAGGCAUGGAUACCUUAGAAACAACAGCAAAGAAGCAGGGCCAUGUAGUUUGCAUACCUUUUCCCAUUCAAAGCCACAUUAAGGCAAUGCUCAAGAUGGCAAAGCUACUUUAUAGCAAAGGCAUUUUUGUUACAUUUGUGAAUACAGAGUACAAUCACAAGCGCUUCCUUAAAUCAGGAGGUGCUCAGGCUCUUGAUGGCUUGCCUGGUUUUAAUUUUGAAUCAAUUCCAGAUGGCCUGCCGCCUUUGUCCGAUUCUGACGCCACGCAAGACAUACCUGCACUUUGUCAUUCCGUCUUAGAGAAAGAAAUGUUGCUUCCUUUUCAGAACCUCCUCGCACAACUCAAUACCGGAACAAACCAGGUCACUUCCAUCCUCUCUGAUGGCUUCAUGCCAUUUGCAGCUGACGCGGCACAUUCCCAUGAAGUUCCUAUAAUUUUGCUUUGGACAGUUGCUGCUUGUGGAUUCAUGGGAUUUUUUCAGUUCAAAAAUGCCCUUGAAAGAGGCCUUGUACCAUUCAAAGAUGACAGCUAUUUAACAAAUGGUUAUUUGGACACCAUUAUAGACUGGAUCCCUGGAAUGGGUGAGAUUCGCUUUGGGGAUCUCCCAAGCCAUAUCAGAAUCAAUGAUCCAGAUGAAAUAGUAUUCAAGUUCAUAAUGGAAUCUACUCAGAGCGCAACUAAUGCUACAGGACAUGUAUUUCAUACUUUUGAUGAUUUGGAGCUAAAAGUUGUGAAUGCCAUCUCAUCUAUGUUUAAGGGUGUCCACACAAUAGGCCCCCAACAGUUGCUUCUGAACCAAAUACCGACAGAUCAGGAAGAGAGUCUCAGGAGCAUUGGAUACAGUCUUUGGGAAGAGGACAAGACAUGUCUCGAAUGGUUGGACUCUAAAGAAGCUGAUUCUGUAGUUUACAUAAACUUUGGAAGCAUAACAGUCUUGUCCCCGGAGCAAUUGAUGGAGUUUGGCUGGGGGCUAGCUAACAGCAACUGCUCCUUCUUAUGGAUAAUUAGGCCAGAUUUGAUCGUGGGUGAAUCUGACAUUACUCUUGGAAAUGAAUUCAUGGACGCUAUCAAGAACAGGGGCCUCAUUGCAAGCUGGUGUCCCCAAGAGGAUGUUCUGAACCACGUAUCCGUGGGAGGGUUUUUGACACAUGGAGGGUGGAACUCAAUCAUUGAGAGCAUAUCUGCUGGAGUGCCCAUGCUCUGUUGGCCUUUCUUCGGUGAUCAAACAACAAACUGUAAGUACAUGUGCCACGAAUGGGAGUGCGGAAUGGAGAUUCGUAAUGAUGUUAACAGAGAUGAUGUGGAGAAGCUUGUUAGGCUAUUGAUGGACGGAGUGGAGGGUAAGAAAAUGAGAAACAAAACCAUGCAGUGGAAAAAAAUGGCAGAAAAGGCCUGUCAGCCUGAUGGCUCAUCUUCCCUUAAUUUGGACAAACUGGUUCUUCUAUUGAAAAACUAAAACACUAGAUUUCCAGUUACCUUUUCCAAACUUUGUGAGCUUUUGCUUGCUUCUAGCUUUAUCAGGUCUCAGCAUUUUAUUUCCUGUCAUGCUUAAAUUAUGCAGCUCCUCUAUUACUGUCCUAAAUGUUCAUUGUAAAAUUUUAUCAAAGGACAAUGCUGGUUUCGAUACAAGUAGCCAGUAUUCGUAGAUGAAAUAAUGCCAGUGGAGCACGAUUAUCAUCUAUACAAUUGCAAAGAAAUGCUACCUGUAUGAACUGUAGUUUGCAUAUAGCUACCAUAUUAAAUAACCAUCUUCCAUCUCCAUCA